UUGUUGAAAUUAAAAUACUUAGCGGAAGUUAACCUAAGUCAUUCAUUGCAACUGUUUGGAAAGUUUUGCUGUUUUCGUAUGGAAAUUUCUGGCAAACAGAUUGGACCGUCUUGUGUGUGUCUUGAAGUUAAUUCAAAUACAUUUGGAAAGAUUAAAGUUUUUCAAUAUAUUACACCAAUCGAGCCUUUGUUGCAAAAAGUUGUUCAUCAGUUCUAUGGUCCUCGUUGGAGUGCACCACUUAUGAACAUUUUUGUUUAUGGAGAAAGUGUCAUGUUCGAACGUGAUAUUAACAUAUGGAAUCAUAAAGUACUUCAUCGGAAUCCUAUCUUAGCUAAGGAAGAUACAUCGAUAAAGAAGUUUAGGCUGUGGUUCUCCCAAUUCUAUUCGUCGAACAGCAAAUCAUAUUCUGAAGCAACCAACUUUGGAACGAUGGCUAAGUGGUCUCCAUUUGUUGGAAAAUUAAAAUACUUAGCGGAAGUUAACCUAAGUCAUUCAUUGCAACUGUUUGGAAAGUUUUGCUGUUUUCGUAUGGAAAUUUCUGGCAAACAGAUUGGACCGUCUUGUGUGUGUCUUGAAGUUAAUUCAAAUACAUUUGGAAAGAUUAAAGUUUUUCAAUAUAUUACACCAAUCGAGCCUUUGUUGCAAAAAGUUGUUCAUCAGUUCUAUGGUCCUCGUUGGAGUGCACCACUUAUGAAAAUUUUUGUUUAUGGAGAAAGUGUCAUGUUCGAACGUGAUAUUAACAUAUGGAAUCAUAAAGUACUUCAUCGGAAUCCUAUCUUAGCUAAGGAAGAUACAUCGAUAAAGAAGUUUAGGCUGUGGUUCUCCCAAUUCUAUUCGUCGAACAGCAAAUCAUAUUCUGAAGCAACCAAUAUUGGUUGGUAGCUAAAUUUGUACUGAAAUUUAAAGUUUUACUAAACGAUGGCUAAGUAAAUACUGUGUCUCGAAGAAAAUAGAAGACUAUUGAAAAAAAUCAUUUUUAAAUUUAUGUUAUUUUAUUAAAGUAAUUUGCAAAUUUGACGGAGUA